ACUAUGGUUUUUUAUUAAAGCAAAUGUUAAACCCUGUAUAAUAAAUUCAUUGAUAUUUUAUGAGAGUAAACACACGCGCGCGCAAACACACACAGAGAGAGAGAGAGAGAGACUUAUAUUAGGGGGUUUAUUAUAUAUAUAUAUUUUUUUAUCAUAUUAAUAUUUAUUGGAUAUAGGACAGUAGCAGAGAAAUAAAGUCGAGUUGCUGAUGUAAAUAUUUGAUUAAAACAUUUUUAAACCGAUUUUUUGUGCCUUUUUAUUCUUAAUCUGAAGUCUUCUUUGCUGUGAUGACAGCAGUAAUAAGCACUUCAUUUGUUUUUGGUGCGAUUAUUUAAAUUGCUCAAUGCCUGUAUGGUGGAGCUUUUUCAAUAGAAUUUAAAUUCAGAAUAAAUAUGAAAAUGUCUGUUGGUUUUUGUCAAACUCAACAGGGAAUUGGGCAACAAUUUGUGUUGAUUCAAAUAAACAAGCUUGUGUAUAAGUUUUUAGCAGGUGUGGGAUGUUUCAAGGAGUUAUUCACUAGAGAGGACUGUCUUCUAACAGCAAUUUGUGAUACCAUCAGUGUGUUAUCUCAGAGUUCACCAGAGAAAGACAGGUGUGUCACACAUAUAUUUUUUUUUCCCAUUUACACUUCAAAUUAAGCAUUAAGACAACACAUCCACUGAAAAUGGCAAUGUUUUACCAAAUACAUUAAUCUGUGAGCUAAUUUAAAAGCCUUUAAAGUUAUUUUUAAUGAAAGUUUUUAAUUAUGUCAUUUGAAUGUGAAAUCUAAUAUAACAGAACAAAACAAGUAGUAAUGCUACUAAAUAAUAGUGGUGGUGUGAAACAUUCUCUCUCUCUCUUCUCUCUCUCUCUCUCUCUCUCUCUCUCUCUCUCUAAAACACCUUGUGGGUUACUUGGCAGAGAGCCCAGAAAAGUAAGAGCAGAGUGUAGAGGAGAUUUCAGGGCGCGGGUGUCACAUGUCACAUGACCCAAAGCUACUAAUCCCCUGGCCUGCCACAUUCAGCUCAUUGAAACUGCACAGUGCAGCAGAAUGCUCCUCAGCUUCCUGACCAUCCAUUUCAUGGCAAUGGGAGUGGAGGCCGAAGUCUUUGCCACCCUGGCGCCCCCAUUCCACCUCUCCAGGGAGAGGGGUAGCAGGACCAUCCUAGUGUGCCUGGUCAGUGACCCUGUGCGUGGCGACAUGGUGAUCACCUGGCUCUCCACAAAGGGAGAAGGGUCCAGUCCCAUCACCCACAGCGUGGCCGAGGAAGAGGAUGGCACACACAGCGCUCUGUCAGUCAUAUCGGUGCCGACCGACGCAUGGGACUCGUACACCUGCUUCAUCACUCACAGUAACCCAGCGAUGGUUAUCCAGCGACGCUACAUCGACUUCGUGGGUAUCCAGAUGCAAUCUGACAUUGUAUUCAUCUUGGCUCUCAGAAUUCUGAUUUUUAAAAUAACAAUGUUCAAUCUUCUGAUGACCACAAGUGCUGUUAUAAAAUGAUGGUCAUAUUGCUCUUGGAAAAACAGUGGUCUUCACAAAUUACUCUCAAGGAAGAUGUGAAGGAAUGUUGAUCCUUCUUCAUUAUGUCAGAAGUGACGGGACUUGGAGACGAUGGAGAACAGGUCUUUAGCUUCACCUCAAAAGGACGUUCCUAAUAUGACAUCCAGGAAGCUUCGCUUUUCAAUACCAAGGCCUUAAUGUUGAAGGAAAAUAUUUUCGUCAAAAUGAUGGAAACUGUAUUGAACACAUAAUAACCUGGCCGUGAACACGAUGCUUGAUCUGAACAGCAGAAGAGUAGUGUUAAUAACAGGCCUGAUCGACAGUGCUCAGUUUUUGACAGUCAGAGUCUGUCAGCAGAGAUCUGCUUUUCAGGGUUUCUGCUUCACUUGACUUGACUCAUUUCGCCAAACUCUGUCUCUCAAGUUCACACCGCAUCAUUAUAAGCCUUAAUGUAGGCAAAAAGUGCAUGUGGUAUUAGCUGAUUUCAGCUUCUAUAGUGUUACUUUCCAUAAAAUAGUCAGUGUAAACUCAUUGUGCGUUGAUGGUUACCUUGGCCUUAUCACACUUCCUGCUCCACCAUAUCCAUAAAUCCCAAUCAUAGGCCAUUAUUCUGAACAUUAGAAAACCGAGAUGUCUUUAGAUGUUGCCGGAAGGCAUUAAAAUGUUCCAUCACCAUGGGUUUGUGCGCUUCCAAAUGUGUUCCUGUUGAUUGCAAAGAAGGUUCUGCUACAUUAAGUUUCCCCCCGGAUCCUCCGCUUGGGCUGACCCGCAGGCUUACCACCACCAGAAAUACAACUGGGCUUACUCAUAAUCCCACCCCACUGCACUGGGGGGGGGGGGACAUUAUUUAGAGGUCAUCAUUGCAACACGCUGCAAGAUUGAAAAUGUUUUUCAAAUGAAAUAUUUGCCAGCUUCUGUUGCUUCCAGUUACAAGCAUCAUUGUUCUUAUCCCAGAUUUUACAUGGAUAAGUAACUACGGUGAUGGAAUGUACUUUCAGGAUAAUGCCAUACUGUACAUUUCCAAAUGUAGAUUGUAAUUGGUAUGCAUUCACAUUGGACAUUGUGAAUGAGAAAUUCCUUUGCAUUAUGACUUGUACCAGAGCCUAAGAGUUUCUUCAAGCAUUUUUUUGAAGCAAGAUGAUUGUUUAACAAUGUAUAUUCUGCUGGUUUUACACACUUUUAUGUACACUAUUUUUUAAAACCUGUUUUAACAAGUUUUUUUCUGUGUUUUCUCUUUCAUUGUCACUGAAUUAACGUGUUCCACUUGUGGAUAUUUUUUCUUGUUCAAUGUAAGUUCUUUUACCAAUGUUUAUGGUUAUUUUACUGUAUUUGCAGUGUUGUACAGCACUUUGAGCAAGGGAAAAGCGCUUUAGAAAUAAAAUGCAUUAUUAUUGUUAUUAUUACUACACAA